AACUUAUAGACUUGCUCCACUUCUUAAAUUAAAAAAAACCGAAAUCAACUACUAUACUAGUAUUUGUUUUUCUUCAUCCUCUUAAAAACAGAACAAUUUUUGCUGGCUUCGCACGAUUCCUCCCUUCCCACGUCUCACCGGAAAAACAGGUCGUCGUGCGCCGGUAACAGAGAGAUAACACAGUUUUCUACAGAGGAGAGAGAAAGCUUCAAAUUUUCAAUUCACAGUUUUCGAGGAAGGAGAGAGAAAAGCUUCAAUGUUGGCCCUCUUCGCAUGGCUGAUUUCCUUUUUUGUCAUCAUCGCCCUUCUUGUUGUCGUCGUUUACCAGCUUAUGUGCUUGGCAGAUCUAGAGUUUGAUUACAUCAACCCAUAUGACUCUGCUAUUCGGAUUAACCAAGUGGUCUUGCCAGAAUAUGUAAUACAAGCAGGACUUUCCCUCCUUUUUCUUUUGACAGGCCAUUGGAUUAUGGCACUUCUAUGUGCCCCGUAUCUCUACUACAAUGUCACAAGGUACAUGAACAACCAGCACCUGGUAGAUGUGACAGAGAUCUUCAAUUUACUAAAUUGGGAAAAGAAGAAGCGUCUCAUCAAACUUGGAUAUCUUUUGUUUAUCCUGUUUCUCUCAUUAUUUUGGAUGAUUUGGACGACAUUAGAAGAUGAUGAACAAUACUAGGCCGUGAUGAUUUACUGUCGUUUCUUUUGAAGUCUUGCAACACCAAGACUAAUUUGUGGGCUUGCUCCAGGACCGGCUUUUUCUGCAAGUGCUACUUGAUGAGGUGUUCUGGGUUUGGCCCCAAGUUCAUAGGCACCUAAUUUAUUAUUGUUCCAUGAAAUGGAUAUAUUGUGCCAUAAUGAUAAUUCCUUUUCUUUCAAUUUAAAUUGACUUCCAUUUUAUAUAGGUUUAUGCUUUGAAGAUGAAGCCUUCUCUCAUUUUUUUGUAUUUUCUAUUUCACUAACUUAUGAAUUGUUGGCUUCUCCUUAUUGCAGUAAUUAAUUUACUUGUUUGUGCAUUGA